UAGGACUAUUUUUACCUGGCAUUGAUGACUAAAAAUGCAGUCUGCCAACUUCUUAUGAAAUGAUCAGAUGUGAUGUGUGUGAUUUUAAUAUAUUUAAUUAAGAAUGAAGCGUGUUUUGCAGCGUCAGCAUCGUGUUUACGACGCAGAAAUGCCGGUCCGCGAAGGUGUGGGGAAGUCGCUGGUGGGAGCCAUUGAUGAUGGGACCAAGACUGUCAGAUUUGUUAUAUACGAAGCAGAACAGUCAGAGGAAUUGGCAGCUUAUCAGCUAGAUAAGACGGAGUUGCAGCCACAGGAAGGCUGGUACGAGCAGGAUCCAUUAGAAAUUUUGCAUCACAUCAGGGAGUGUGCGGAAUACGUGAUCGACCAGCUCAUUGAAAUAGGUUACUCCAAAGAAGAUUUAUUGUCAAUUGGUAUUACAAAUCAGAGGGAGACAACGAUUGCCUGGGAUAAAUUCACCGGUGAACCACUCCAUCCUGCCAUAGCAUGGAACGACAUACGCACAGACAGUACAGUCGAUGCAAUACUCGCAAAAGUACCGGAUAGGAACAAGAAUUAUCUAAAAAACAUAUGCGGUCUACCCAUCAGCCCCUACUUCAGCGCACUCAAGAUGCGGUGGUUGAAGGAUAACAUAAAAGCCGUGAGACGAGCCAGUAGAGAUAAGCGGCUUAUGUUCGGUACUGUUGACUCGUGGAUUGUAUGGAACCUGACCGGUGGUCCACACGGUGGUCUGCAUAUAACCGAUGUAACGAACGCGUCUAGGACUUUGCUGAUGAACUUGGAAACUUUGAAUUGGGAUCCUAUGUUGUGUAGAUUAUUUGGCAUCCAUAGAGAGUCUCUACCACAAAUUAGAAGCAGCUCGGAAAUAUAUGGAAUAGUUAGGGACGGAUCAGUUCUAGAUGGCAUCCGGAUAUCCGGGAUACUAGGCAACCAGCAAGCAGCGCUGGUAGGACAAAACUGCCUUCAAGCCGGCCAAGCGAAGAACACGUAUAGGAGCGGUUGCUUCCUCUUAUACAACACUGGUACAAGACGGGUCCAAUCGACACAUGGGCUGUUGACGACUGUCGCUUACAAGUUGGGACCAAAUGCACCUGCAGUUUACGCCUUAGAAGGUUCGAUAGCAGUAGCUGGUGGUGCGAUGAAGUUCCUUCGGGAUAAUCUGAAAUUGAUUAAGAACGUGGCCCAAGAUACGGAGCACAUAGCAGGACAAGUUUUCUCGACGGGCGAUGUGUAUUUUGUGCCCGCUUUUAGUGGGUUGUAUGCGCCCUAUUGGCGGAAGGAUGCAAGAGGAAUAAUCUGUGGUCUCACUGCGUUUACUACAAAGAACCACAUCAUUCGCGCUGCUCUGGAAGCCGUCUGUUUUCAGACUAGAGAUAUAUUAGAAGCAAUGAACAAAGAUUGUGGUAUGCCGCUGUCUAAGCUCAACGUUGACGGGAAAAUGACGUCCAACGAUUUAUUAAUGCAGUUGCAAACCGAUCUUAUUGGCAUUCCUGUCUUGCGUGCACAUACUUGGGACAUGUCGGCGUUGGGUGUGGCUAUAAUGGCUGGAAAUUCGGUUGGAGUUUGGAGUUGCGAGCGAUGGAAGCAACAUGCCACGCCCACUGAUACAUUCCUUCCUACCACCACAGAUGAUGAUCGUGACGCGAGGUACACAAAAUGGAAAAUGGCCGUGCAGCGCUCACUCGGCUGGGCGACGACAAAGAAAUCCUUCGCAAUGACAGAGGAAAGAUACAGGCUGUUAGCCUCUAUUCCCGCCACCAUUUACCUGAUUGGUAGUUUUGCGAUGCUAGUCGUAUCUUCUGUGCUCAAAAAUAGGUGAUAAAUUAGUAAAUUAUUUUGACAUUUCCCUUAAACCCUUUUGACAUACCAUUGUAUUUAUAUUUGUGGUUUUUAUAGUUUUAGUUAAGCAACAGAUGAUUUGAUCAAAAUGUUUUGAAAAGACCUUGUUUUUUUAGGACAUUAUUAUUUUACACGUAAGGAAGGAAUUCCUAUGUAUGGCUUGUGAUUUUUUUUAUUUAAAGUUGAUAUUUUGUAAAGCUUAAACUGUUUUACUUGGCUUAAUGUAUAAUAUGUGAAUCACCUAUUUCUCAAUCUAUUAACAAAACUUUGUGCAUUAAUAAAAAUAUAAUGCGUUAAGAAUAUUAGUUUUUAUUUUAGAUUGAAGGAUAGGUUUUAAGUUCAAAGAUAUCGUAUUCAGUUCUUAUGUAUGUAUUUCACAUAUGGGCCUUGUAAACAGAGCAUUAAGAAUUACUUUGUUUGCUUAGCAUAAAGUGUAACUAUGAUUUGUAGAAACCCAACUAUAUUGUAGAUAAUAAGUGAAAAUAAUGUUUGUCUUAUUAUAUUUAACACGGAUUUUUAAUUCAGUCACUUGACACAUUGUACAGUAUUUAUAACAGGCAACAUUUACACUUUUUAAAAAUUUCCACCACUAUAUAAUAUUUGUUGUAUCGAAUAUGUUAUAAAGUUUAUAUUGCUAGUUUGAACUGGGAAAUAUUUGUUUUUCUUUAACACUGCUAGCGAUUCUAAUUUUAUAAUGUAUCUCUAGGAUUAAGACGAUUUAAUAAACAUUCUGUAAUAAAUACAAAAAAGACAUGUCAUGUUCAUAAUCUGAUAAAUUGUGUUUACGUUUACCGUUAGAUUCGGAGUUGAGUCUAAGCUCGAACUAAGACUUCCGUAUGUCACCUUUAAAAACGGUUUUUUGUGUACUUAAAGCACUGUCUCGACUUUGAAUCCUACGCGAAACUAAGUAACUCCGAAAUUUGUGUUUAAAGCAUUUAAUUUGUAAUUUUAUAUAUUAGGUAAUAAGUGCUGAUCAAUCAUCAUGUAAUCAAUUUGUAUUUUAAAAAUCAUUGUAGAUUUCUAGGUUUUAUUAAUGUAUUGAAAAGACUUUUUAAUUAUACAAAAUGACAUUUAUAAUUAAUUAAUUAUUAGUACUAGUGACCCUAUCGUAGAUUCCUAUUUAUUUAUAUGGCCAAAACUUUAUAUGUUUGUACAUGGCCAGUAAUCAAAUGCACGAUAGGGUCACGUCAGUUUGACGUUGCGACUACGAGUACAUCGUUCACAGUUGACAUUACAUUGUAUUUUGGCGCCAAGCAGAUCAUCAUUUACGCAAAUAUUGUAAAAUUAAUUAAUCAAAAUUUAAUAUAAAUACCAAUUUAACGUUUAUUAGCGAGCAAAUAACGAUACAUGUUUGUUAAUGUUAAAUUAGAGUCUCAAUAUUUUCUAUUAUAGGACCAUUUGUGUGUAAUAUUGCCAUUCCUGUAAACGCAUGUGAGAAAUUUUGUCUUCUUCCUAACAACAUCUCACUUGUGACUAAAUUAAAAAUAAUUUAUUAUUUUUUUAUCUUCAAGUGCAAGAUUGCCUUGUCAAGUACUAUAUUAAAAUAUAUAAUUUAAAAAAAUUAGGCUUUUUCUUGAAAGGAAUUAUCAAGUAUUUCUGGGUCCAUUACAUUUUAACGCAUUUAGUAUAGAAUAAGUAAGUUCCACUAUGUGAUAUUAUAAUUUUGAUCCGUUUGUUUUUUAUA